AUGUUCGUCAAGUCACUACUCAACAAACCUGAAAUUGACAUUUGGAACAAACUCGGUACAAUCGCAAUCAUUGUGAAUGGGCGGGACGAAAUCCAACGAGCGGCGGCCAUACGUUUCGACCCACAAUGUGAUGAGGAUAUCAUAACCACGGCGUACCUGAGAGAGAAUUUUGGCUUGACGUUUGAUACCACCACUGGCAAAUUUUUGGCCUACGGCAUUACGGGUAGAGAAGAGUACCAAAGUAUUGCCAUCCAGGAACUCCGAUGGUGGACGUCAAAUUCUCUACGUUUCCACGGCUCGAAAUGUCAUGUCGUAGACUCGGAGUUGUUCGAUAUCAUCAUCGGAAAGAAGACGAUCGAUAGACUUGGGCUCUACAAGGUCAGACGUGGGAUGAUCGCUGCAUUCAUUAGCCGGCAGCCCAGUAUCAACAAAGACACCAGCGCCGCGGAUCAGAGGAAGGCGGAUGAACGACGCGAAAAGGAACGCAAGGACAAAGACGAACGUGAUCGAAAGAAGAAAGAAGAACGCUUGCGCAAGAGGGACGAGGGAUAG